AUGUAUGCCUUACAAUCAUUAAAAAAUCGGGAUGACACUGUAAUCAAGAAAGCAGACAAAGGCUCUACAGUUGUAGUACUGUAUAAAGAGACUUACAUGGCAGAGGCCCAAAGACAACUCUCAGACAAACGUUUCUAUAAGAAACUGGACUCUGACCCUACUAAAGAAUUCUCCACCGCCAUUACUAAAACUCUUGACGAUAUGUGUGAGAAAAAUGAGAUUGGUAUCAACGUCUAUGAGACCUUAAAUUCUAUUGACUGUAGACCAGGACAAUUCUAUCUGCUUCCUAAAAUACACAAAGAAGGCAUGCCAGGUCGCCCCAUAGUCAGUGCAAUUGGACACCCCAUGGAGAAUCUUUGUACCCCAAUAUUCCGCACGAUGAGGGUAUCGAAGCCUGUAGAGAAGUCUGGGAUAGUAGAUCUAUACAAAUUCCUUCUACCGAGUCCCUUGCCAAGCUCCUUGAACAUGUUCUCAAGUUAA